AUGACACAAGGGUCAGAAACGUGGCUUAUAUUUACAAUAGGUAUCUUGAGUAAUUUUGCCACAACAAUGGUCAUCUUGUGGGUGCUCGCGAAAAAGUCCACGCAUGAGAAAAAGACCACGCAUGCUGCUACUCGCUUGGUGCUGAAUUUAUUGAUUGCAGACUGGUUUCAAAGUAUCAGUUUUAUGAUGAGCAUGUUUUGGACUGCGGAGGGUGAAGUAGAAAUAGGCUUAUAUUGUGAUAUUCAGGGAAUAAUUCUUAGUUUCGGAGGGUUAUCAUCAGGCAAUAAAAUGUUCAUGACUUAUCGAGACGCGGAAAAAGCAGCAACAGAUGAUAAGGCUGCAUUAAAAUUAUUGUUUUAUCCCCUGGUUUGUUUGUUGCUGUAUUCUCCACUCGCUAUUUAUUUAACAGCUGUUGGAUUAUUUCAAAGCGGAUUUCCUUAUGAAUUUUACGUGGUAGCAGCUUGCCUUUUCGCGGCGAACGGACUCACUGACAGCAUAGUUUAUGGUUGCAUAUCUUAUGUAGCAAAUUCUAGACCACUUAUCGGGCACCAAGACACAACCUCAGAAAAGUUAAAAGGCAAAAAACGUGACAAUAAACACAUCGAACCAAGAAAGCCAGGUGAUUCGAACUCACUAAAUUCUUUUUUCGAAGACAAGAAUCCAAUAAAUAUAAUGAAUAGUGGCAACGACAACUUGAAUGAUCUUUUUCCGUUGGGUUCUUCUUCGCAAUAUCCGGAAUCAGAUAACGAUUUAGCAACACCCACUGUUAAGGCUUCGUUUUAUGAGACUAUGCUGAGUAAUUCCACUCUUUCUCAUGAAUCUGAAUCUACUUCGUCUUGGAAACCUUCCGUAAUUAUCCAUAGUCCC